AGAAAGGCACAUGUAGUGGAAGUACUGUCAAUGAAAAGGUGCAAUUUAGCAUGAGAAUGCAGGAUUUGGCUGAGCUUACACGCAUGCACGGUAACUGUGAAAGAACACACUUCAUUCAACAACCCACAACUCACAGGAGAGUGAAUAUGACUAGCUUGGGAUCCUUGCCGGAUGACUUGUGAGAUUUACUCAAUAUGUUUUUGUUGGUGAAAUAAUUCUCUAUUGUCGAGGAGACCUUGUGUCAAUAGCAAAAAAAAUUUAACAAACAUAUUGACCACUGGAGUUUGGAUGAAGUAGGACGUGUACAGUACGACAGUGCGUGUGUUGGCUCUCUCGUGGCAUCUCAUCCUAUGUGGGUCUAACGCUUAGACUCAAAAGCUGGCCGGCCUGUUGGAAUUGUCAGCCUGCUUGUUCUAUCCAUCAUCAGGCAACCCAGAUUAUAAGCUGUGGGAUAUUACAGUGAGGUGGUAUAGCUCACUGCAGUGGUUGAGGAGUUUAUACCAUUGCCAAGAAACUUUUGAAUUAGUGAAUAGCAGUAAGAGACUGUUGUUGUUAAGGAAUGUCGGGGUAUCCUUGGUCCCGUGUUGUGAAGCCAGUAGUCAUCAACUCCAAUGGCAUCAGUGCAUCGUGUCCCAACAUAUCCAAUCCUCAUGCAGUGAUUGUGAUGGUGGGCCUCCCUGCUCGAGGGAAGACCUACAUCGCCAAAAAACUCACCCGCUACCUCAACUGGAUCGGUGUGACAACUAAAGUUUUCAAUGUUGGAGAGUAUCGGCGUCAAGCUGUGGGGAAACCCAGCAACCACGACUUCUUCAGACCCGACAACAAAGAGGCUCAACUAAUCAGACAACAAUGUGCUAUGAUGGCUCUAAACGACAUGGCCAGAUGGUUUGAAACAGACGGUGAAGUUGCUGUAUUUGAUGCAACAAACACAACCAGAGAAAGAAGGAAACUGAUCAUGGAAUUCUGCAACCAACGAUGCUACCAGGUCUUCUUUGUGGAGUCAAUAUGUGAAGAUCCUAACGUUGUACAGUCCAACAUAGAGGAAGUCAAGCUCGGCAGUCCUGACUACAAAGACAACGACAAGGAGGAAGCAAUGGCGGAUUUUAUCAAGCGGAUAGAUCACUAUAAGAAUUCUUAUGAACCUCUGGACGAGACACUAGACAGGGAUGUGUCAUUCAUCAAGAUCAUCAAUGUUGGCGAACGUUUCUUAGUCAACAGGGUCAGAGGUCAUCUUCAGAGUCGUGUUGUGUACUACCUCAUGAAUAUUCACGUCAUGCCCAGGACCAUUUACCUGACAAGGCAUGGCGAGAGCCAACUCAACCUGCAAGGGAGGAUAGGCGGAGACUCGGACCUGUCAGAGAGGGGGUUUCUAUACGGCAAGGCCCUGGCCAAGUACAUGUCGGAGCAGCAGCUGUCCAACCUCAAGGUCUGGACUAGCAGGUUGAAGCGGACCUACCAGACGGCGUCUACGAUUGAGGCACCGAUCGAGCAGUGGAAAGCACUGGAUGAAUUGGACGGGGGAGUGUGUGAUGGAAUGACAUACGAUGAAAUUCAGGAGAAGUACCCGGAAGAGUUUGCACUACGAGACCAGGACAAGUACCACUAUAGGUACCCUAUGGGAGAAGUAAGAAGCACCAUAGAUCGGGCCAUGAUAUGGGGUAGGGAGGAUAAGUACCACUAUAGGUACCCUAUGGGAGAGUCAUACCAGGACUUGGUGACAAGAUUAGAGCCAGUUAUCAUGGAACUGGAGAGACAGAAGAACAUCCUGGUCAUAUGCCACCAGGGCGUGAUGCGCUGUCUGUUGGCGUACUUCCUAGACAAGAGUUCAGAAGAGCUUCCAUACCUGAAGUGUCCUCUACAUACAGUCAUCAAACUCACACCAGUGGCCUAUGGUUGUAGAGUGGAAACGAUCUCUCUAAAUGUGGAGGCUGUAGACACACAUCGAACAAAGCCUGCGAACUGUGACCCGGAGCGAUCAGACGACGAUGCCUUGUCAACAGCCCCUCCCUAUCCCAUCAAGGAGAAGCUAACGGAGAGCAUCGACGAAAAUGAUGAUGUCUUCCAAGAUGCCAGGUCGUCCUUGGAUAGUGACGUCAAAGAGUACAACACCAUCGCUGGAGGCGUCAGUUAAAUUGCCCGACCUUUGACCCGUAACGAGCCAGUACUCACUGCCGUACAGAGUUUCACAAACUAUAUAGAGUUUUAAACGCAGAGUGACUUAAAAUAUGAGAUAUUUCAUUGGCUGCACUUGGGACAAAAAUUGUUUAGUCAUGUUAACAUCCCUGAGAUAAUGCAGAUUAUUGCAAAGUUCCUGAAACUGACAUGGAAACUUUGCAGAUGUACUGAGCCUAAAAGUCUUAACAUGGUUGUCUUUAGUUCAGUAGGACGGAGACCAAAAACUCACAACAAAAUCUUGGCUCUUUUUAAGUUUAUUAUUAAUUAUGACAUAAUUAGGGGAACGGGUCUACUUUUUGCGUGCAUGCUCAAAACUCACUAUUGUCUCAUUUUUUCCCCUGAUUACUCACUACUGAGUGUAGUGUUGAAGUAGACCUUUCUGGUUUGAGUGAACUCUUAGAUUUUAAACAGGCAGAAAGGCAGGAUGCGUGGCGGACUGAAAAUGUGGCUUUUUGCGGAGGGAGGAUAACCGGAGAACCUGGAGAAAAAACAACUAGAGGGGCCCACUACCAUAAAAAUACACAUGUAUGGCUUUGGCCGUGG